AUGCCAGAUUUCAAAAUCUCGUCCGCUUUAGAGGGCCACACCGAUGAUGUUCGCGCUGUGGCCUUUCCGAACUCCAGAGCUGUAUUGUCUGCUUCCCGAGAUGCGACCGUUCGUAUUUGGAAGCUCACCUCUACUACUUCGUCUCCGGUCAAUGACUAUACAUUAUCCUCCCACGGCUCCGCUUUCAUAAACUCCCUGGCUUAUUAUCCUCCGUCCUCAGAUUACCCUGAAGGCCUGAUAUUUUCUGGUGGCCAAGAUACCAUUAUCGAGGCCCGCCAGCCUGGGAAACCGGCCGAUGCAAAUGCAGAUGCUAUGCUUCUUGGUCACACACACAACGUAUGCUCGAUAGAUGUCUGUCCUGAAGGCCAGUGGGUGGUGAGUGGAAGCUGGGACGCCUCAGCAAAGCUCUGGCGAAUUGGGAAGUGGGAAUGCGAAGUCACCCUCCAAGGCCACCAAGGUAGCGUCUGGGCAGUGUUGAUUUACGACAAAUCUACAAUAGUAACAGGAUGUGCUGACCAAAUGAUCCGCAUUUAUAACCUAACUGGAAAACUAUUGCGAAGCUUUAAAGCUGGUGAUGUCGUCCGUGCUCUCUGCAAACUUCCUCCAAACCAUCCGUCAGGUGGGCAGAUAGCGUCUGCGAGCAAUGAUGGCGUAAUACGAUUGUGGACGCUUGAAGGUCGACAAGUUUCGGAACUCUGUGGUCAUGAAAGUUUCAUCUAUUCAUUAGCCACCCUACCUACGGGAGAAAUAGUUAGCUCCGGUGAGGAUCGAACCGUGAGAAUAUGGAGUGGUGAUCGCUGCAUACAAACCAUUACGCAUCCCGCGAUAUCUGUCUGGAGCGUUGCAGCAUGUCAGGAAAAUGGUGAUAUUGUUAGCGGGGCAAGUGAUGGGAUAGCUCGAAUUUUCAGCAGAGUUCAGGAGCGCCAGGCUGAUGAAGCAGUUACUGCGAAAUUUGAAAAUUCCGUCAGGGAAUCGUCUAUCCCGCAGCAACAGGUUGGAUCCAUCAACAAAGAGAAACUUCCUGGUCCAGAUUUCUUGAAGCAGAGACUUGGGACAAAGGAAGGUCAAGUUCAAAUGAUUCGUCAAGAGGAUGGAAGUGUUACUGCCCAUUCUUGGUCAACUGCCACGAGCGAAUGGAUAUCCGUUGGUACUGUGGUCGAUUCGGCGGCAAGCAGCGGUAAAAAGGUGGAACAUCUUGGGCAAGACUAUGAUUAUGUUUUCGAUGUCGACAUUGAAGAUGGGAAACCCCCCUUGAAACUUCCGUAUAACCUGUCUCAAAAUCCAUACGAAGCUGCUACUAAAUUUAUACAAGACAAUGAGCUACCGAUGGGGUAUCUGGACCAAGUUGCUAAUUUCAUAACCACAAAUACACAGGGGGCUUUCAAAGGUCCUCCCCCUCCUGGCGCUGAUCCAUGGGGCGAAGAAAAGAGAUAUCGACCAGGGGAUGGACCUUCCAAUAACUCCUCAUCUUUUCCAACAUCUCGUCCAAAGGUUCUACCCCAAACUUCAUACCUAUCUAUCAAAACCGCAAACAUCAAGACAAUAAAAAAAAAAGUCCAAGAACUGAACUCCAAACUUGUCAGUGCUGGAUCAAAGGACAUUUCGCUAAGCCCAUCUGAACUAGACACCGUCAUGGCUCUUUGUGAUGAGUUAGAUCAGACAUCGCCGUUAAAAGAAUCACCGCAGGUCGAAUUUGGACUUCCACUAGUUGCCAAAAUAGCAACCGCAUGGCCCGCUGCUAAUCGUCUUCCCGGUCUUGAUCUGCUUCGUCUACUCGCUGCUGCAACCCCCGUAACAGCAUCCACGAACUAUGGUAGUGAUAACUUGAUUUCCACACUCAUAAAAAGUGGUGUAUUCGAAUCCCCGCUGAACCUGAAUAAUGCCAUGUUAACAGUGCGGACUUUUGCAAAUUUAUUCAACACUGAGUCUGGGCGGAAUCUGGCAAUUAGCAACCUCAGCGACAUCAUGGUGCAGGUUGCAUCUGUAGCGGCGAGUGGUGGGGGGACGCCAAAUCGCAACUUAACCAUCGCCAUUGCUACCCUAUUCAUUAACUUUUCCGUCUUUAUAACAGUCGACGGAAGAGCUUCAAGUCCCGAAUCCUCAGAAAAGGCUCUCUCGCUGCUCGAUGAAUUGACUAAACUUCUGUGGAGGGAGAAGGAUUCUGAAGCUAUAUACCGCACUCUUGUUGCGAUAGGUACUUUGGUUACCGGCCUGGGCGAAGAAGUGAGAACUGCCGCGAGGGAUAUAUACGAUAUAAAUAAGUUGCUAUCGAAAGUAUCCAGUGCGGGGAUUGGAAGGGAACCGAGAGUUAACAGCGUUAUUGAUGAGAUUAGAAGUGCGCUUGGAUAA